AGGCAGUCUGGGCGGGCAGCCCUGCGGGGAUGCGGUGCGCGCCGCGUGCGGGGCGGCGGCGGGAUCGGCCCGUCCGUGCGCCGGGACCGUCGCCGUGUCCCCUCUCUGUCAGGGGCAGCGCGGCGUCAGAGAAGGGCGGGAAGCGGCGGGGCGAUCGCGGCUGAGGUGGGCUCGGGGGCUGCCCGGGAGCGGCGGCCCGGCCGAGCCCGCCCAGCCCGGCAGGGUGAGGGCAGCGUCCCGGUGUGGGAGGCUGGCGUUCUGUGGGAUAGCGGGACUAGGCUGGUGCAGUCCGCGGAGCAGCUGAUCCGAGGCACCGCAAAAGUCUUUCCGUUUUCGCUUGUGAGGAGCAGACAUUGUUUUCAACAUCACUUUAAGGAGUUUACUGGGCUCCGUUUGCCCACAGCUCUCCACAGGAGCCCAGCCGGGCCCCACAGCGUUUCCAAACACCUCGGGCAGCGAGGUCUGUGUGGGAACAACGAAUUUUGUGAAGGAUCUAGUGAAUAAAGUCUUCUCUUCCCUAAUGAAGACUUGAAUACCAGAAUUUAAAUCUGGUUACCUAUGGAACAAGAGAAAUAUACAAGACGUACAUUUCUCACUUUUUUCGUGACAAAGUGCUGCAUUAUUAAUGAGACAGCGCUGUAACUAUUGCCAAGUCUCCUGAAGCCCGCGAGUGCUUUCCAAGGAAAUACACAGGGAGUCUCCAUAGCAACCAGCGGGCCGCCAGCCUCGGGCUGAGUGGUUAUUCUGAGGUGCUGCAGGCUUUGAGAAGCCCCGAGCUGUGUUGUGUUCCACUGUCACCUUUGUGCACGUCGCUGUUGUGAGCUAAACCGGGUUUUUUGGCUCCCAAAGGCACAUCUGCCACAGAUACCCGUUACUCGAUGCUCACAGCAGAACUGUCCAGUGGCACAACACAAUUGUUCGCAAGUGCAGCAACAGCUCCGUGCUGCCGCCGUUCAGCCCCUGUUCCUGCUCGGGUCGGGCCGUGCCUGCGGUCGGUAAAUCCCGGUCACACCGGGGCCGCUCCCGGGACAGCGCCCGGCCCCGCCGCGCCGCACGGGGGCGCUGUCAGCCCCCGGCCCCGCCGCACGGGGGCGCUGUCAGCCCCCGGCCCCGCCGCACGGGGGCGCCCUGCUCAGGGCGGGAAGCGCCCCCCCCUCAUGGCGGGGCCGCCUCAGGCGCUGGCGGUCCUUCCCUCCGUUUCUCUCCCGAUUGCGGUGAUUUCCCCGCUGCUUUCCGCUCGUCUCGUGUGCCGGUGCCGUAUCUGCCGGUCCCGGGAUCCGUGGUGCUCCCAGCGGGGCGGGGGCGGCUGCCGCGGCCCCUCACGGCGGGGUUGUGGAGCGGCGUCGUGUGGGUCUGCAGUACUUGUCCAUAAACACAACAAGCGUUCAGGGUACACUUGCCUGCUGAAGGGAAUCCAGUGCAGUAAAACCAGAAAAAUCUUACUGCAUUUAGUGCAGAUCCAUGUGCUGGACUCAUCACAAGUGACAGGCACCAGUUAAUGCUUUGUCCAAAGUUAAUAAACAGCACUGCAGAGCAGAGAGUGCAUUUGUACUGCAGGCUUGGAACUACAGUAAAUGGAGAAAUUCAGGAGCAGUUCAAAAUCCCUGAAGAUGGAUGAGAUCCAGCAACCACCCGAGCACCAAGUUCAUGCAGCUGGACAAUCUGCUGCUCCCCAGUCUGCAACACAUGAAUUUCAGGACAGAGGUCACAACAAGCCAGGUCAAGAUGGGUGUACCCAGAGUCAAAGAAGAAUGUUAAAAAAAUUCCAAAGCAGAUACCUAGCAAGGAAGUUUUUCUAUCAGUGGGCAAAAAUAACAUUUGGACAAGUUCUCCCUUCCAAAGCCAGAUGUUUUUAUGAACAGAAGAUUCUUCAAAAAACGUUUAGAGAGUGGAAGGAGCAGUGGACACUUUGCAGAGAAAGGGAGCUCAACCUCAAAGCAGACAACCAUCACAGGCAUUUACUCCUUAAUUUGAUAUUCAAGGCUUGGAGAGCCUAUGUAUGCCAACAGCAAGGAAAGAGGAACAAGUAUUAUGUUGCAGAGUCUCAUGCAAAGAAGCAAACUCUGCUCAGGACCUGGCAGCACUGGCUGGUUUAUGUUGAUGUUCAAAGGACAAAACAGGGGAUGCAGUCUGUGGCACUGGCAUUCAGGACAAGAAGCUGUUUGCGCAUUUCAUGGGCACUGUGGAGAAGACAGCAUUACCAAAAAUGCUCUGGACAUAAAAUGAAUAUUUUGGCUCUGCAGCAUUGGGCCCAGAGCCUGCAAUUUCGAGCUUGGUUGCAGUGGCGAGAGCUGUAUUCACACAGCCAGAAUGAAAAGCAGAAGGACACCAGGGCAGUAACUCACCAUCAGCACUGGGAGCUGAGGAGGUGCAUGGGAGCAUGGCUGGGGUACCUGAACCUCCACAGAACAAAGAAACGCCAGAAUGAGCUGGCCCAAGAGUUUCACCGAAGCAGGAUGCUCCGGAGGUGCUUCUCUGAUUGGCAGCUGUCAUGGGAGUGCAGGAGAAGAAUGCAUGCUCAUGGAAGGGACCUGGAAAAACAAGCAGAAAGGAUUGCCUUAUGGAGAGCCUUUGCACACUGGAAGCAUUAUGUUGUGCUGUGUGUGGAAGAGGCUCAGCAGUGUGAGCUGGCUGAAAAGCACUACAAGUGUCACCUGUUGGAACUUGGCCUUAAGGGUCUUCGGCAGAACGUCCUGGACACUCGUCUUCAGAGAAUGAGAACAAAUCUGUCAUCCUGUCAGCAUCGAGUUACAGUGCUGCAGAAGUACUGGAACCGUUGGAAGUCCCGUUUGGAAGAGAAGGAGGAAGAACAGCAGCAGGCCUUCACAGCAGUGGCUCAUGCCCGUUACAGGAGGGUGUUGAUGAGACAGGUAUUUGACACAUGGUGGCUGAAGGCCAGAAAGCUGCAAGAAUAUCGAAUGGAAGAGAAGAGGGCUGUCCUCCAUUUCGAAGGGCAGCUCUUGCGCUGCUCCUGGUGCUGCUGGCGGAGGAGAACAGCUGCACGUUUGGAGGAGCAGGAGGCCUUGGUUUGUGCAGGAGAUCACUACAGGAACCAGCUGCUGCUAAAGGCCUUCUGUCUCUGGAAACAAAAGACUCAGGAGAGAGAAACAGAGAGGCUCAAGGAGACAGAAGCAUUAAGAUUUCACUGUUCAAAGUGUCUGCAGCAGACUUGGAACAAGUGGAGAGAGUAUGUGGGACACCAGCGUGAGAAAUGGAGGAAGCUGGUGCAAGCAGACCUGCACUAUGGACGUGUGUUGCUGGGCAAGACCUUGGCAGCUUGGAAGAUUUACCAACAAAACAUGCAGUGCAUUCUGUAUGAAGUAGCUGAGAAGGAAAAACAGCACACUCGACUGCUGCUGCGACAGGUGGUGUGUACGUGGAGAGAAAAUGCUCUUGCUCUUAUACAUGAAUCUGAGGCAACUACUCGGGCAGAUGAGCACUACAGGAGAGCAAUCCUGUCAAAGGUGCUGCUGCAGUGGAGAGACACUGCCUGGCUACGAGCGUGUCACCGCCACCUGAAGGUGACAGCUGUGGUGGAGGCCAGAAAACAGCUGGAUUUAGUGCGUUUACAGAGCCUGUUUCUGCACUGGAAGGAAUUAAUGAGGGAUUCUCUGAUGCUGAGGGCUCAGCACCACAGGGCAGUGCAGCACCACCAGCAGCACCUGCUCCAGAAGUACCUGGUGAAAUGGAAAAAUUAUCAUCAGCAGCGCCUUGGGAAAAAGCUGCUGCAGAGGAGGGGAGAUGAACUAAUGACUCAUAGACUUUGCUCUGCUUCCUUCUCUUGCUGGAAAACUCGGCUGUUGCAGCAGCAGUGGGAAAAGCGGAGGACAGUGCAAGCAUUGUGGCACUGGUCCCUUUCAGUGCAGAGAAAGGUAUUUGAUGCUUGGCUCAGGUUUGCCAAGGGGCAGCAGGAGAAGAAAGAUGGCAUUGAAAAAGUCACAAGAGUUCACCACACAACUCCUUUGAGAGAAGGUGUAACCUGUGCCUUGAGAAACACUGCUGGCAUCAAACAGCUGCAGGGACAGCUCCAUACUCAGCCCCAGCUGGAGAAGCAAGUGACAUUUAAAAGGCCUGAUGUUAGUCCUGAGACAAGAGGACAUUCAUCAGAGGAAGAGCUGUGGCCUUCAAAAUGCAGACAUCUACCACUUCACCCUGCUGAGGGGAGCUCACUUCUGCAUAGCCUAAAUGCCAUUCAACAAGCCAGGUUACCACCACGGAAGCCUGACUUCCCUCUGGAAUCUCUAGAAAGCAAGGAACUGCUGGGACCUCCUUUUACUAGGUCAGAGGUGCCCUUUCAGCAAACAUCUGUGAAUAAAUGUCUUGCACAGACUGGCAACUUAAUGCUGACACCUCACAUGGAAGAAAGCACCUGUAAAUGUCUGUCUCAGAUGGACAGUGCUGCUCAUCCCCAUCCCUCUCUCACUUGUGCUUCUCUCCCCCUGUGGACACAGGACAAGCACAGAGCUGGGCAGGGGCCAGAGCUGUGGUCUCCUGCAUCUUUCGUGUCCCACAUGAAAGCUGGCUCAGAAGAGAGAGGAGGUCAGCCUGCCAGUGGUCACAAAGGAGCCCAUUCCCUGAACUUGCGACAGAAUUCUGUGGAGAAGAAGUUGGCACCAAAUUUGCAGCCACAUUUGCUGUCAUCUGAAGACUUGGUGGGAAAAGGGAGUCACCAGACUGCAGCUGAAGGGGAAAAGAGAGAACACAGUUCCAGAGAAGAAAUGAUGCUGGAGAGAAAGGUGGAAGUUGAACUCUGGCAUAUCCAGCAGCAGAUGCAGUACUACUACAGCAGGAGGCAGGAACUCAAGUGCUGUCAGCAGCAGGCACAGAUUCUGCAGCAGUGGCUGGAGAUGAGCAAGCAAGCAGGAGCCCAAGAUGGUGUGCAAGGAGUUCAGGAAGAAUUGGGUCAGCUGCAGGUGAGGAUCAAUGCUCUCACCAAAGCACAGCUGGCUGACAGACAUCACGUGCAGGCCCUGCUUGCCCGCCUGCGAGAUAUCCAGCUUGCCCUGGAUCUGUAGUGCACCUUCCAGCUUCUCAGCUCAGGGAAAGGUGCUGCUGUGAUCCUGCUCACCUGGUCAAAGUAGAUGCGGAUGGAGCCCACGUUUGUUGCUCCUACAGCUGUUAAUGAGAAGAAGCCAUGUUUCCAGUCACCUGUAAGGACAACCCGUUCAUUGUGGCAG